AUGUUUAUCGAUGAUGAAGAAUUGAAGGGUUAUUAUGGAAAGCAUUGUGGUGAUGGAGGUGAGUUUUCAUGUCUGGUCUGUGGCGUAGUGAAUGAGAAGCAUCUGAAGAGGUUGAAAAAGUUUAAAGAAUGUGUUGCUCUUGUUGAACAUUCAAUUUCCAUUGCAAAAAGGAAGAAGAUUAGAUCACACAGAGCUUAUGGCCGAGGAAAUGAUGUUAAUGGUGGUUGUAAUUCGGCUUUUAACAAGAUUAUGGAUGAUGGGUUGUUGAAUCCUGAUGAAAAAGCUCAUGUUUCAGAAACAUGA